UGAAGUAGAGGGCUUUUUGGUUUGUUUGUGUAAUAUUCCAGUUUGUCCUAAUUUGUUGUUUUAUACCCAAAGCUAAUGGGCCCUGGAGCCAUGAUUGCUCUCUGUGACCUAACUGGAGGUCAUACACAGCAGAACUUUCAAAGAGAACUGUGGAAAGUCUAAAUAACUUGAAAAUAGGUUUUCCACUAUCUGCUUCAUAAAUCAGCGGUAUUAUAUGGAAUAAAGUCAAAUAUGGCCAAGCCACUGUGGAACUGCUGAGAACUGGGACUGCCCUUGCUGAUAAGCAACAUUUUUGAGCCUGUGAAUGUAACAGAGGCAAGCUGAGCUAUCUGAAUGCUGUAGUGAGCAGUAAUAGCAGUGAGGGGGCAGGGACUGAAUCAACCGCUCAUCACCACUCAGAAUCUCUCUACUCACAGGCUUUCAGAUAAACAGGAAAUAUGGUUUAAUUUUCUGCCUGCAAAUAAUGAACAGAUUUGGGUUGCCAGAGUCUCCUAGAGGGCUGCUAUCAAUUCUGCGGUUUCCAUCAGAAGUUGUGCUUAGUGAUGUCUGGACACCAAAUGGAAACCACUGUUGCUGAAGUAAAUAACUAGCAAAUUCUCAGGGGUUGUGAUAUCACACCACACAUUUUAUUGUGGCAAAAUGGACUAUUUUCAACAAUGGAAAGUACCAUGUUGACAAAGUAUAAUUCUUGACUGCCACAUGCCUCCAGAAGACGUUGAAGUCUGUUAAAACCAUAUGGAUUUCAAACCAAUCAAAAAUUCAUCAUAAAGAGGUUGAAUAUUUUAAGGAUGGAUCAGAGAAUGAGAGAAACCAUGAUUACAAGUGGUAGGAGUUAGGAGGGAGAGAAACAAAUGGAUGGCUUCUAGUCUGCUCUUGAACCCCACCUCUGCUGAGUGUUGGGCAGCACUUCUACAUGAUCACAUGACUCUUGAUAUGGACGCAGUCCUGUCAGACUUUGUUCGGUCCACAGGGGCAGAACCAGGUCUGGCAAGAGACCUGCUGGAAGGCAAAAACUGGGACUUGACUGCAGCUCUGAGCGACUAUGAGCAACUCCGACAGGUUCAUACAGCCAACCUACCACAGGUAUUCAAUGAAGGAAAAUACUAUAAGCAGCCAGAGAGAGAGCCAUCCCAACAGGUGAACAAAAUUGAGCGACCCUGCCUUCAGAGACAGGAUGACAUUGCCCAAGAAAAACGUCUUUCCAGAGGUAUUUCUCAUGCCAGCUCAGCCAUAGUCUCCCUUGCCCGAUCUCAUGUGGCCAAUGAAUGCAGCAAUGAACAAUUUCCCCUGGAGAUGCCCAUCUACACAUUCCAACUGCCAGACCUCAGUGUAUACAGUGAAGACUUCAGGAGCUUCAUCGAACGUGAUUUAAUUGAACAGGCCACAAUGGUUGCCUUGGAGCAGGCAGGUCGUCUGAACUGGUGGUCAACAGUGUGUACGAGCUGCAAGCGUCUUCUUCCAUUGGCAACAACAGGGGAUGGAAACUGCCUCUUACAUGCUGCCUCACUAGGCAUGUGGGGAUUUCACGACCGGGACCUGGUUUUGCGGAAGGCUCUCUACACCAUGAUGCGGAGUGGAGCCGAAAGGGAGGCACUGAAACGGAGGUGGAGGUGGCAACAGACCCAGCAGAAUAAGGAGUCAGGGUUAGUUUAUACUGAAGAAGAGUGGGAGCGAGAGUGGAAUGAGCUCUUGAAGCUGGCAUCCAGUGAACCUCGAACUCAUUUCAGCAAAAAUGGAGGCACCGGUGGUGGAGUGGACAAUUCUGAAGAUCCUGUAUAUGAAAGCUUAGAAGAGUUCCAUGUUUUUGUCUUAGCCCAUAUACUAAGAAGACCAAUUGUUGUUGUAGCAGAUACAAUGUUGAGAGACUCAGGUGGAGAAGCAUUUGCUCCGAUUCCGUUUGGAGGAAUCUACUUGCCUCUGGAAGUUCCACCUAACAGAUGUCACUGCUCUCCCCUGGUCCUAGCCUAUGAUCAAGCUCAUUUCUCUGCCCUUGUGUCCAUGGAACAAAAAGAUCAACAAAGAGAGCAAGCGGUCAUCCCUCUCACUGACUCUGAACACAAAUUACUACCUUUGCACUUUGCAGUUGAUCCUGGGAAGGACUGGGAAUGGGGAAAAGAUGACAACGAUAACGCCAGAUUAGCCAAUUUGAUACUGUCUCUAGAAGCCAAGCUGAACCUUCUGCACAGCUACAUGAAUGUCACUUGGAUCCGCAUCCCCUCUGAAACACGGGCCCCUUUGGCCCAGCCCGAGUCUCCUACAGCUUCCGCGGGGGAGGACGUUCAGUCUCUGGCUGACUCCAUGGACUCGGACCGAGAUUCCAUCUGCAGUAACUCCAAUAGCAAUAACGGCAAGAACGGGAAGGAAAAGGAGAAGGACAAGCAGAGAAAGGAGAAGGACAAGAACAGGACUGACUCCGUGGCCAACAAGCUGGGCAGCCUCAGCAAGACCCUCGGAAUCAAGCUGAAGAAGAACAUGGGGGGCCUGGGGGGGCUGGUGCACGGGAAAAUGGGGCGCGCCGGGUCCGGCAACGGCAAGAACGGCGAGGGCGCGGACAGGGCCAAGGAGAAGAAGUCCAAGUCCCGGAAGGGCAGCAAGGAGGAGUCGGGCCAGUCCGCCAGCACGUCCCCCUCCGAGAAGAACACGCCGUCCCCCACCGACAAGGCCGGCGGCUCUCCGGCGGAGCGGGGCGCCAAGGCCCCGGCCGAGAAGCAGUCGGACCCGUGGAAGUACAGCACCGACGUGAAGCUCAGCCUCAACAUCCUGCGCGCCGCCAUGCAGGGCGAGAGGAAGUUCAUCUUCGCGGGCCUCCUGCUGACCAGCCACCGGCACCAGUUCCACGAGGAGAUGAUCGGCUACUACCUGACCAGCGCGCAGGAGCGCUUCAACGCCGAGCAGGAGCAGAAGCGCAAGGAGGCCGACAAGAAGGCCUCCCUGGGCGGCGGGGCCCCCUGCCGGAAGCUGGAGCCCGAGGCCUUCCCCAAGGACAAGCGGGAGCCGCCCCCUCAGGACAGGGCGUCGCCGGUCCUGCCUCAAAGCCAUACCACGCCGCUCGUUCUAAAAUUCAAGGACCGCGCCAGUCCCCCGCCGGGGUCCUUUUCUUCCCCCAGCAACAGCGCCAAGAGGAGCGGCCCCGCCCCCGUCUCCGCCCACUAUAGCCAUACGCCGCCCGUGCAGAGGCAGAGCGUGAUCCACCUGCACGACGUCCCCCCCAAGCCGGCCGGCUUCGCGGAGGACGCCUACAAGCCGCUGGUGGGCACGCUCAAGACGUGCGCCACGUACCCCCAGCAGAACCGCUCGCUGUCCUCGCAGAGCUACAGCCCCGCGCGCCUGGCGGGCCUGCGCACCGUGAACACGGUGGAGUCUCUGGCCUGCGCGCUGCCCGCCGAGCCCAAGUCGCAGACGUUCCCCAACGGCUUCCAGCCGGCCGACGCCAGAGACUGCCUCGAGUACGCCGACGAGGAGGCCGCGCCCGCGUGGCGGAGCCACGAGAAGAGCCGGGGCCGGGGCGCCGCCGGCCCCCCCUACUCCCUCCCGCAGAGCCGCUGCAAGAAGGACAACUGCUCCUUCUACGGCCGCCCCGAGACGGAGAACUUCUGCUCCUACUGCUACAAGGAGGAGCUCAAGCGCAGGGAGCGGGAGGCCAAGGGGCACCGGCACUGAGGCGCGGGAGGCCCCCGCAACCAGCCAGCCUCCUGCGCCGCUCUUUGCCCCGGCGGCGGGCGGCGGGAGAAGCCGGCCCUUCCUUCCCCGGCAGCGACGGCCGCCGUCGGGCUGUGACUUGUGUGUGGGGAAACGCGGAAACCAGAUGAAUUUAUCAUAAAGAAUUUAUUUUCCAUUUUGUCCGUGUCUUUUUUACACGCCCCGGUCAGCUGAGAGGUUGUCCCCCUUUUUUGUCAGUGCUGCGUCUGUGUGUGGUCAGCAAUCACUAAUGGUGCCUGAACUUACACUGAUGUCACUCAGGUAGGAGGAGGAUGGAGGGAAAAGUCGUGCUGCUGGAGGUGCGCCCGAUGCGGUGGGCCGGCGUGGGCCGCGGUGGGCCGGCGUGGGCCGCGGUGGGCCGGCGUCGGCCUCGGAGCCGUCAGGAGAUCUCUGUGCUCCCCGAGAAAACACCCCUAUUCCACAGCCCUUUGUUUCGAGAAGGGGAUGGUCUUUCAUACUUUUUUUUUAAACACGGUGACUGACAUCUUCCAUGGUAGUUGACGUCUGUAGGGAUUCAAUUAGCGAGGCGUUACGUAGAAACAAAUGUGAAGAGAAGGUCUGUGUCGGUAGCUCUGCCCGUUAGCAUUAAACAGAGGGGGUUGUUGCUUCCUCCGACUCCCCCAUUCAAUCCUGUUGGGUGGGAAGGGGGUUGGAAAGGUGUUUUUUGACUUUUUCUGACAUUGUGGUUGGCCCUUUAGGCUUCAUCUCAUAAGCAAACCCUCUUAUCACCUUCAUCUGUCUAGAGGCGACAUUUACACUGCCAUCAGAAGUAGCCCAGUUCUCUCUAAAAUGGGUACACUAUAACCUACCUCACAGGGGUGUUGUGAGGUUUCUGCUCAAGUCUGUCACUGCUUGGAGAGCCUCAGGUGACAGGAGCUAUCCAAGGGGGAAACAGGAUGAAAUGGCUGCCGUUUAUUUAUUUACCACAAAGGCAGGUGGGAGAGGUCUACAACCCAAUGAACUCAUCCUGAGCAAAAGGCUACCGGUCCACUCAGAUUUUUAAUUUGACCACUUUUUUUUAAUGGACUUUUGACCAUGGGCAUGUGGAAAUCUUAGGUAGCCAAAGGUGCGGCAGAUGGUAGGUCAGGGGAGCCACUUUUGCGUGGACAAAAAAAAAAUGGUCAGGUUGGGAGCUCAUUAUGAAGACUGGCUUUGAAAGAUGAGUGGUAAAGGCGUUCUGAACCUACAUCCAUUCAAAGUAGAGUUGGGUGGAAUAGAUGUUGAGGGAGAUAGAUUCCUCUCAGAUUAAUUCAGGCCAUGGCCAGAGAGUGUUCUGUGCAGAAUUUAUAGAACCAACAUCAGCUCUUAUAGAUCCUGUAAACGUUUUUAGCAUAGGAUGAUGAGACCCAGGCCGAAACUCAUUAAAUUUUCCCUUUUCUUGUGUGGUGCCUCCCAUAGGAAACAUAAAUUUCUCAGAAGUGUAUCCUUAGCAACCCUCUUUUGUACAGCAAUACCCAUUGUCCUUUUAUGGGUUACCUCUAGAGAUGACAGCUUGGCCAAGGGAAUGGCUAACAUCCAAACUUACCAUUCCAGUCAAAGAUUAGAACUUGUUUGUUUCUGAGGAAUAUAAAUAAGGGACCGAAACCUCAAUGACAAAAGAAAAAAAUUAAGUACUCUUAGAGCCUUAGAAUAGUACUUGAUUCCUCCUUGACAACUGCUUCUGUGCAAGGUCACAACAAUGUCAAGCCUCAGAAAAAAAAAAAAAAUGACAGGUAGAGCUGUCUCUUAAUUUGAGCCAACUGCUUCACAUCUGGAGAAGAUGCUAAGAAGGAACACUAACAGCAAAAAACAAAAACAAAAAAAAAGGGAUACUUUUUUUACUUGUUUUAAGUAUUACAAUAGAGUAAUUCCUGUGAGUGAUUAAUUUUUUUAUUCUGCGGCAUGUGAGGUUUUCUGCAAGUUAUUGGAGUUUUACAUGAACAAUUCCUUGAGUCAAAAUUCUUUAGUAAAUAGAAAAAAAAAAAUCUUUACUGGGAAUUUUUUGAAAAUUUUAAUUUUCAUGCUGAACAAUACUUUGAAUGUGUAACAAUUGAUAAUGCAUAUGUUUCUCCUGUUUUUUUUUGUUACUCAAAAGAAGAAAAAAAAAAGGUUUUUUUCUUUCUUUUUUAAAAUUCUGGUAUAAGGGUUUUCCAGCAGCUCUUUGGAUUUAUCUCAUUUGGUCAGGCCAGAACUAUUGCUUUGUGACACAAGUAUACUGCAUUAAGGAAAAUGGUUGCUUCCUUUGUAGAAUCCAGAAGUAGACAAAGAUAAAUGAACAUAUGGCUGCUCCUUCUAACAAGAUUAAAUACAAAUUCGACAGCUAACCUUAAUGAUGCUCAAAUACACAUCCAGAAAUGGAUAGGAACCUCACAAGCACCCCGGGGGGGCAUGAGAGCAUCAAACAAAGUUAAUGUUUGUUUCUAAGUUUUCUAAUUGUACAGUCCUUCUGCUUGUCAAAUUUUUCAAAGACAAACUUGCUAUGCAAAUGUUUUACCUUUCUCAUGCACUCUGCCUGGUUUAAACACAUUCAGCAUCCUUUCUUCCCAUAGUCCUUUUCCCCAUUAAAAAAAAAAAGGGUAUUGUAAUACAAGAAAUUUUAAACUCUAUGUGAAGUAAUUAUUUCUGUCACUUCUUAGAGAAUGUGGCAACCUAAUCUUUUCCUUUGAAUUAAAAAAAAAUUUUACCCCUACCCCACUGCUACUUCUAGGUAUUGAAAGAUAAUCCACUAAGACUUAAAAAAAAAAUUUAGAAAGUGUUCAAAAUCUUCCCUAGCUAAGAUUUUAGACAUGUCUCAUCACAAAGAUGUUCUGUGUCCAAAACAACAUGGACUGGUCAAGCCAGCAUAUUGACUAUGCGUGGUAAAGCCCUAAUGGCACCAAUUGAGCCCAGACAUUGUGGCUGGCACUUAAUUAAAGCUUGUUGAUUGAGUCAUCCAUUUCAGAUCAUAAAAUAAUUGCAUCUUCUAUGCUUUUUCUUGAGAGCCAUCCUUCCAACAGUAUUUGCAAAAAAAAAAAGAAAAGAAAAAACUAUUUUUAUAUUAUAAUUUAAUAAUUCUGGACACCACUAUGUUGCAUGCUGCAUAAAAGACAGAAUUAGGCUAGAUCCCUGGCCAGAGGUCUUUCUGACUAAAUUAUAAUAUCAUACUGAAUAUGAACUGGUAAAAAUUAGCUUAUUGCUACAAAAUGCUUUUUUAGAAUGCAGAAUCACUUUUUGGAAGACUGCCAGUGUAGUAUGGUAGAAAGAUCAUUCUUGGGACUUGGGAGAUCUUGUUUGGAGAGUUAACUGUCUAGCAGUAUGACACCAGGAAAGCCAUUUAUUUUUUUGGCCCCUGUUUCCUCAUCAACCAAAUUUAAGGGGUUGAACUAGAUCACCUUAGCUCCAAGAUUCUACGAUUUAUAUUUACUUAUGGAAGCAAAAUUUUAAAAGGAGAUAACAUAAAGGGAUAAAUAGUAAGGGCAUAUUACUAUUCCCUUAGAAUAGUGGGAAUCAUUAGGAGGAAGAUCCCUUGCUCCAGAGGAAUUGCCAUAAUUAGGUGAUCAAAGCUCCCAUCAGAUAGCAAAUGAUUGUAGGUGGUCCACAUUCAUUUUGGUCCACUUGGUUUAUUUUAAGUCUUUAUUUGGUGUCCUUAUUGAUUCUUAGCAAGAAUCAAAAAGGCCCACCAAAUAUUCAUAAAAUACAGUGGAGGUUGUUUCGUUAAUUUGCUUAACAUUUGUUUGCACACUUACUACCUGUGUAUAUGAUUAAAAAAAAAAAAA